AUGCCUAGAAUAUGUUUGAAUAUUUUGCUGGGCAUCCCCGGCUCAGGGAAAACGACCUACUGUCAACAAAUUGUUGCUUUACCUUGCCGGAAAUUCGAAGUGGUGCACGUGUGCUAUGAUUCGUACAUUAGAAUCGAUGUUAAUUACGAUACAUUUCGCGAUACAAAAGGCUUUUAUAAGUUACAACGGCAGAAGCUUAUAUCGUACAUUGAAAUGAUUAUACUAAGCUUAAAAGAGAACGAUCUACCAAAGCUAAAGGGAGUUGUAGAACGUUGGAGAAAGGAAUUUGAACGUGAGCUGAACAUUUCUGCAGACGCCAUGGUUUCGGACGUUGUGUUUCUUAUCGACGAUAACAAUUACUAUCGAAGCAUGCGAACGGAAUGGCAGAAGAUGGCUAGCAAACUUUCCACAGGCUAUUUUGAAACUUAUUUCGACACUGCUCUUUCGAUUGCAGUGCAAAGAAAUCGAACCAGAGCACAACCCAUCGCUGAGCAAAUCAUUAAACAGAUGUGGAUGCGUUUAGAGAAACCUAGUGGGAGGCUUUAUCAUCACGAAAAAGAUGUCAUUACCGUUCAGGACGUCGUCGACUAUGAGCGUGUUGUUGAUCAGAUACAAUUUUGCUUUGAACAUCCUCGAGAACACUCUGUUGUACAGAAGCUGGUAGCAGAACCUAUGGAACAAUCGAAAGUUCACAAGAUAGACAUAAUUUUACGUAAAAUUAUAGCAAAGAAAAUGAUCGAAGCGAAAGAUAGCAUGUCGAAGGAGGAAGUUCAAUCCUUUGCUAAGAUUUUGCAGAAAAGGAAAAAGUCUACAUUGGAGCAAAUUAGGAAAUGCGAACAGAAUAUAACAGAGGAGUUCAUCCAUAGUGUUGUAGAGGAGUUAUUCUAA